AUGGCCUCAGAGCGUCUUCCCAUAGAAGUCGCCGAGCAGGUGAUCGACACACUCGGCGCCGAAACCGACCUCGCCACGAUCAGAGGCCGCUCUGCCCUCACCACGCUCACCUCCUGCGCCCUAGUCCACACGAAAUGGCUCCCUAGAAGUCGCAUCCACAUAUGGAGAAUGGUCAAGGUUUCCGACUUGAAGGAACUUCACUCGAUUUGUGAAACACUUCAACGCUUGCCGGAGUUGUGUCUGUGGGUUCGCACCGUUAGGCUCCGACUGUCGAAGGAGAAGUCGGCCCCCUGGGUUGCACCUGUCGUUCUCCUCCCAUAUCUCGCACAUAUCAACACAUGGGAAAUUGAAUCCUGCAGAAGUGCAUUUCCACCGUCUCUUUUGGCUUGUUUCCGGCAGUACACCGCAGUCAAGACCUUGGUCGUCGUCGACUCUGAGUUUCCCACACCACUCCAUGCGUACCGACUAGCCCAUGCGUUCCCCGCCCUCCAGUCCCUUGAACUGUUCCGGGUCUACUGUAAAGCUCCCUCCCCCGACCAAGCACUCAUCUCAAUAAGAACGCGCGGGAGGCUGUCACAUCUUAAGCUUGAUGGCGGUUACCAGCCCGGGUUCCGCCCCAUAAAUUGGUCAACGUUGACACACCUUGAGCUCAGCCUGAAAUGGCUCAUUGUAGAAGGCUUAACACUUGAAGACUGCACCAGUCUUGAACGUCUCUCUGUGGAAGUCGCCGAGAGCGACGAAUCAGAAGUCUUCUCCAAACCCGCAUGGCUCCAGAGAAUGAACACGCUAAUGGACCCUGGUCUCCCGGAAUCGCUACAGGCUCUGGAGAUCACUCUAGACGCAUCUAUGGCCCAUAUCAUUGGUUCGGAGGGCAGCAGUGAUCAAUUAACGGCCCUCCACGACUUCACACAGCUUGUGAAAGACCAUCGCUUCCUUGGAACGAAAGGAGUCAAAAUUAUAGUCAGAGAUUCGAUGCGGAAUUUCGUCAACCUAUGGAGGUACGCAAUCGUUCAACCUUCGCUAAAUCCCAGUAAAUUCACAGAAGGGUGCUUUCCCGAAUUGUUUGGGCAUUCCACAAAGGUGGAGCAUCUGACUAUCUCUCGGGACGGGAGGUGGGCAGCCAGCAUGGGAGCCCCAAAGAAGGAACGGCAGUCAAUCAAUAUCUGGGACAUUCGUGCCGGUGGGCAACUCACUUUACAGCAUUUGUUUUGCACACUGCCACAAGGGGGCCUCGAUACGCGGCUAGACUUCUCUCCGUCAAACACUCGCCUCUUCGCUCGUUUCUGCAAUCUAAUCGCCACCUUCUAUCUCCCUCCCAUUGACAAGAAGGGAGACAGUGGCUCUGACAGCGAGCGGCCCCAGCAAACGGGAAUCAUCGAGCCAUUCGAGGGCGAAGCCAUUAUCGCCUCAGGCUGGUCCCCGGAUAGCUCCCGAAUCAUCGCCCUGAUGUCCUCAAUGACCCUUCACGUUUGGGAUGCGGAGGGCUCGACUCGUCUAGGCCUGGUUGUCCUUCCUCCAGCACUAUACUCGAUAUACCAAUUCGUCCACAUGUCAAUAAUCUCCGAUUAUGCUCUGAUCCACUUGUGGCACCAAGUCCUCGUCAUCGAUCUGGUUUCAGGGAAGAUGAAUAUCCUGGACAACCUCUUGAACCCUGACGAUGCCAAAGAAUCUUUGUUACAAGUCGUGCUGCGAUGCGGAUCCGAGCGCGGCGAAUUCACUGUGAUCGCAAUGACCAAUCGCGAUACCCUGGUGGCAUACUCCGUCGAAGAAGACGCACGUAGCUCUGCUACUGCACCUCCGGCGUUGUUACCACUCCAGCGUGGGCUCACUCCCAAAAUUUUAUCCGCGGACGGGACUCGCGCGUUAUGUUUCGUCGACACACCCGGGCCUUCCGAUACUCCAACCGCAGCCCCGUGGUUGUGCGUCGUGGACUCCGCAACCGGAGAGAUACUUUCUGGACCAUUCGGAGGCGAGCGGCCUUCGGAGAUCUUCUGUGAACUCCCCGGCGCGGCUAUUGAGCGGCCUGAUUAUCCACCGUACCGCGGAGGGUGGUUUUGGAGCACGCGGCAUGGCAAGCUCUACCGAACUCCUGCCCUCGACAACGAAGAAGACGUUCGUCAAGUCGCAGUCACGUACGACGGGUCGAUGGUCGUAUGGUCGGAUUCGCGCGGGGUCGUGCGCUUUUGUCGGAACGAUGCGACGCUCAUUCCGGGAAGAUUCAGGAAGAGUGAAGGUGCAAGCGUGAAGCUCGGGAAUUCGGACGAAGGAACGAGCACCAGGGGGAAAGACGUCCGAAGGCGCCGCGGAGGAGGGAGGGGAAGGGAUGCGCGAACACGGAAGAGAGGGAAAUAG